GUGGCUGUGGAGCCAGCCCAGCAAUGGGGAGCGGCGGCGUGGUCCACUGUAGGUGUGCCAAGUGUUUCUGUUAUCCUAUGAAGCGAAGAGUAAGAAGACGGCCCCGAAGCCUAACCAUCUUGAGUCUCCCUGAAGAUGUCCUUUUUCAUAUCCUGAAAUGGCUUUCUGUUGGGGACAUCCUUGCUAUCCGAGCUGUACACUCCCACUUGAAGUACCUGGUGGAUAAUCAUGCCAGUGUGUGGGCGUGUGCCAGCUUCCAGGAGCUGUGGCCUUCUCCGAAGAACUUGAAGCUCUUUGAAAGGGCUGCUGAAAAGGGAAAUUUUGAAGCUGCUGUGAAGCUGGGGAUUGCCUACCUCUACAACGAAGGCCUGUCUGUGUCUGAUGAGGGCCGUGCAGAAGUGAAUGGCCUAAAGGCCUCUCACUUCUUUAGUCUCUCCGAGCGGCUGAAUGCAGGUGCCGCGCCCUUUGUCUGGCUCUUUAUCCGCCCACCAUGGUCAGUGUCUGGAAGCUGCUGCAAGGCCGUGGUCCACGAGAGCCUCAGGGCAGAGUGCCAGCUGCAGAGAACUCAUAAAGCAUCUAUACUUCACUGCUUGGGAAGAGUGCUAAGUCUCUUUGAGGAUGAAGAGAAGCAACAGCAGGCCCGUGACCUGUUUGAAGAGUCGGCCAAUCAGGGGUGUUUGACCAGCUCAUACCUCCUCUGGGAAAGUGACAGAAGAACAGAUAUGUCAGAUCCUGGACGAUGUCUCCACAGUUUCCGGAAACUCAGGGACUAUGCUGCCAAAGGCUGCUGGGAAGCACAGCUGUCUUUAGCCAAAGCCUGUGCAAAUGGGCACCAGCUUGGACUAGAAACAAAAGUGUCCAGUGAGAUCGUCUGCCAGCUAUUUCAGGCUUCCCAAGCCGUCAGUAAGCAGCAGGUCUUCUCUGUGCAGAAGGGACUCAACGACACUAUGAGGUACAUUCUGAUUGACUGGCUGGUAGAAGUGGCCACCAUGAAGGACUUCACAAGCCUGUGUCUUCACCUGACUGUGGAGUGUGUGGACCGCUACCUGCGGAGGAGGCUGGUGCCUCGGUACCGGCUGCAGCUGCUGGGCAUUGCCUGCAUGGUCAUUUGCACCCGGUUCAUCAGUAAGGAGAUCCUGACCAUCCGAGAGGCCGUGUGGCUCACAGACAACACAUACAAAUAUGAGGACCUGGUGAGGAUGAUGGGAGAGAUUGUCUCUGUGCUGGAAGGAAAGAUUCGAGUCCCUACUGUGGUUGAUUACAAAGAGGUCCUACUGACCCUGGUCCCCACGGCACCAAGAACCCAACACCUGUGCAGCUUCCUGUGUGAGCUCUCCCUGUUGCACACCAGCCUGUCCACCUACACCCCUGCCUGCCUGGCUGCCACAGCCCUGCUCCUGGCCAGACUGACACAUGGGCAGACACAGCCCUGGACCACACGAUUGUGGGAGCUUACUGGAUUCUCCUAUGAAGAUCUCAUCCCCUGUGUCUUGAGCCUUCAUAAAAAGUGCUUCCAUGAUGAUGCCCCCAAAGACUACAGGCAGGUGUCACUGACUGCCGUGAAGCAGCGAUUUGAGGACAAGCGCUAUGAAGAAAUCAGCCAGGAAGAGGUGCUAAGCUAUGGCCAGUUGUGUGCAACACUGGGAGUGAAACAAGAAAGUCCAGAACCCCCAUCUUUCCUCAGCACCGGUGACAUCCAUGCCUUCCUCAGCUCUCCCUCGGGGAGGAGAACCAAACGGAAGCGGGAAAACAGCCUCCAGGAGGACAGGGGCAGCUUUGUCACCACCCCUACUGCAGAGUUGUCCAGCCAAGAGGAGACACUGCUGGGCAGCUUCUUGGACUGGAGCCUGGAUUGCUGCUCUGGCUACGAGGGUGACCAGGAGAGUGAGGGUGAGAAGGAAGGCGACGUGACAGCUCCCAGCGGCAUCCUCGAUGUCACGUUGGUCUACCUGAACCCAGAACAGCACUGCUGCCAGGAAUCCAGUGAUGAGGAGGCCUGCCCAGAGGACAAAGGAGGCCAAGACCCACACACCCCAGCACUGGGUACCCAGACACCUCCAAACACAGGGCCUGAGCCCCCUCUGCAGGUCAGGAGGGAGCUAGGCAAGGACAGCACAACCUCAGGGUACUCUUCCCUCAGCAGCACAAGUCCCACAAACUCCAUGGAUGGCAGCUUGGGGGGCCUGCCCCGACCUACCUCAGUGCUGUCCCUGGGCAGUGACUCAAACACACAGCCUUGCCACCAUCAGGCCAGGAAGUCAUGUUUACAAUGUCAUCCCCUGAGCCCCCCAGAGAGCAGUGUUCCCUGGCAACAAGUGAAGCGGAAAAACCUAUCCAUGCACAGUGAGGAAGAAGAGGAGGAGGACAUGAACUUGGGCUUUCUGAAGCUGUGAGUGUGUGUUGUGUUAGUGUGUUUGUCACAGUACAUGUUUUACUGAGGAAGGGAUGUUUUGCUAGCAAGGGGUGGGGCACUGCAGAGGAACACUGUUUAGAGACCCCAGUGGCCAUCAUGCAGAGAGCAAAGAGGGUGACUCAUAGCCACCCAAGUUUCUUUCUCUAGAACAGUGGUUCUCAACUUUCCUAA